AUGACGACACUAAGCGAAGAUGUACCCGUGACCAAUGGACAUCAUCAGGGUGAAGAAGAAGAAGAAGAAGAAGAAGAAGUUGAGAUCGUUGCUGCAAGCAACGAGCAAAGUAAGAAGAAAAAGAAAAAGAAAAAGAAGAAGAAGCCCAAUGCGAAUGCUGAUCAAGAAAAACAAGAAGAUGCAACACAGACAACAGACAGCAAGAACAACAACGAUCCAUCAGUUAAAGAUGAAGAUGGAAUAAAAGUCAACGGUAACGCUGAAGGGGUUGAGCCAUCACAAGGCAACGAUGCUACCAGUAGUAAGAAAAAAAAGAAAAAGAAAAAGAAGACUGCAGCUAGUGAUCAGGAUAAACCUGCUGUGCAACAGACAGAUCCACCUACCAUUCCGAUAUGUCAACUCUAUCCUAAAGGCAAUUAUCCACAAGGUGAAAUCGCAGAAUAUACUGGAUCCGCUUCCUAUCGUACUACAAGCGAAGAGAAACGAGCUCUGGACAUGAUGAACUCGGAUAUCAUUAGUGAUAUAAGGCAAGCUGCAGAAGCUCACCGUCAGACUAGAAAAUAUGUACAAAGCUACAUUAAGCCUGGCAUGACUAUGAUAGAAAUAUGUGAAAGAUUAGAAGAAACUUCCCGUAAAUUAAUCAACGAAAAAGGCUUGGAGGCCGGCUUAGCUUUCCCCACUGGAUGCUCUCUAAAUCAUUGUGCAGCCCAUUACACACCGAAUGCUGGUGAUAAAACGGUUUUACAAUACGACGAUGUUUGCAAGAUCGACUUUGGAACACACGUGAACGGUCGGAUAAUUGAUUGUGCCUUUACCGUUGCCUUCAAUCCGAAAUACGAUCAAUUGCUUGCCGCUGUUAAAGAUGCUACCAAUACUGGUAUUCGAGAAGCCGGUAUUGACGUGCGUCUUUGCGAUAUUGGUGAACGAAUUCAAGAAGUGAUGGAAUCUUACGAGGUUGAAUUGGAUGGAAAAGUUUAUCCUGUUAAGCCUAUUCGCAACCUCAACGGACAUUCCAUAUCUCAAUAUCGUAUCCAUGCCGGUAAAACGGUUCCUAUCGUCAAGGGUGGCGAAGCUGUUAAAAUGGAAGAAAACGAAUUUUAUGCUAUUGAGACAUUUGGCAGCACGGGUAAAGGAUAUGUCCAUGAUGACAUGGAAACUUCUCAUUAUAUGAAAAAUUUUGAGAUGGGUCACGUCCCACUUCGAACAGCACGCGCUAAACAACUAUUGAACGUAAUAAAUCAAAACUUUGGUACUCUAGCAUUCUGCAGACGCUGGAUAGAUCGUUUAGGACAGACAAAGUAUCUCCUGGCCUUAAAAAGUCUAUGUGAUAGCGGCAUCAUCGAUCCUUAUCCUCCUCUUUGCGAUAUAAAAGGUUGCUAUACCGCUCAAUUUGAGCAUACUCUUCUUCUAAGACCGACCGUUAAAGAAGUUCUUAGUCGAGGAGAUGACUACUAA